GUGGCGAAAGAGGUAUUGUAGUUGUAGUAAUUUUGUUUUCUAGCCGGGAGAUGCGCCUGGCUCGCGGCUAAUUGGUGCUAGCUUUGGGGCAGGGACGUUAGCCAGCAUAGCCACUCUGUAGCAGCUAGCUAGCAGCGAUGAUCCGAUGCAAAGGUCUAGAGCUUAUGACAAGGAUCUGGUGGAGUAGUGGAUUCUAUCCGUGUUGGGGUAGAGUCCGGGAGGCAUCGACUGUGUAGCCGAGUGAUCACAGAGUAGGCCAGGAGGUGGGCCUGGCUCAGGGCUAGCUUUGGGGCUGGGUCACUCUGUGUUAGCGAGCUAGCUUGUUAUUGAUAACAAAAGUAAUGCAAAUCAUGAUAAAUGAUGCAAGGUGAUUCAAAGGUUUUCCUCUGUGUCUUCAUUUUGCAUGUUUUUGUAUUGACUUAGGAAAGUCCUUGAAUAAGUUCCUCAUUUGGCAAACAAUGGAUUAGACUGAGAUAUUUCCAUAACUUUUCUUCUCCCUUUUUUCAGAUGCUACAAUGACAUCUAACCUGACAUCCCCCCUGUUUCUUCUGGACUGUGGCUCUUUCAAUUAUCACGACCUAGAUGUGGUUAUCCCAUGUCUGUACUUUGCAAUGUUCCCGCUUGCCUUGAUGUUGAAUGGGGUCGCGUUCUGGGUCUCCCUGCACCUGAGCUCAACCUCCACCUUCAUGGUGUAUCUGAAGAACCUUUUGGCCGCUGACCUUCUCAUGACCCUGACCAUGCCUAUUGUGGCGGCCAGUAAACUUCCUACGUCAUCUGUGGGGUUACGACUGUUCUCCUGUCGCUACUCAGGUGUCAUCUUCUACACAUGCAUGUACACAAGCAUCACUCUACUGGGCCUCAUCAGUCUGGACCGCUUCUUCAAGAUCGUCAGGCCCUGUGGCAGGUUGUUGGGUCAGAACCUGGUCUUCGGUAAGGUACUGUCUGUCUCUGUGUGGGUGGCGCUGUUUGGAGCCACUGCUCUCCCUACCAUUAUCCUGACCAAUCAGGACGCCAGCAACAAGACGGAUGCCUCCUGUAUGUCCAUGAAGAGCCCAGCCGGGGUCAGACUUCACACAGUGGUGGUUGUGUUCAUGGAUGUCUUGUUCUGGGCCGUAAGCAUACUGGUUGUAGUUUGCUACAUGUGCAUCACCAACAAGGUCCUCCAGUCCUUCAGAAAUUCCGGAAGCAAAAACAGUCAGGGCAAGCAAAAGACAAAGGUCCGUGUCUUCCUGGUUCUGGUCGUGUUCUCUGUGUGCUUCAUUCCAUUCCACAUCAUGCGGAUCCCACGGACCAUUCAGCAGACCAACAAUGUCAACGGCUGUUCUCAAGUCUCCAUCAACAUGGCUCAAAAGGUGACCCUGUGGCUGUCCACCGUCAACAUCUGCCUGGACCCACUCCUCUACUUCUUCCUGUGCAGGGAGUUCAAAGAGAAACUUAUGGGGAUGCUGAACAGAAAAGGGACACCUUCACAAAUAACAUCAGGCACCACAUAGAACCGCUCAACAUAGACAGGGAGGAGUAUCAUCCAAUUAGACAUUUCUCUAAUUGAGACAAAAACACAUUGUAGGCUAAAUAGGGGAUUUGAAUAAAAUUUCCUGAGGAAAACUAAAUAACUUUGUCUUAGAUGGGUUUUCUUUUGUUCUAUACUUGUUCAAAUGUUUCUACCCAUAAUUGUUGGAGAGCAAGUUGGAUUACUGUGAUUUGUGGUUGUCUCACCUAGCUACCUUAAGAUGGAUGCACUAACUGUAAGUCACUCUGGAUAAGAGUGUCUGAUUAAUGACUAAAAUCUAAAUGUAAAAUGAAUUAGGUCACACAAGCUGUUAUUUCACUGUUAAUUUAGCUUGUUAUCACAGAGCAUGUAAAACCACCCAUUGGGUAUAAACUGGUUGAAUCAAUGUUGUUUUAACGUAAUUUGUCAAAGUAUUGUGAUGUGGAAUCUACGUGAAAAAAAUACAUUGGAUUUGACGACCAGGUGCUUUCCGUCUCUGAGGCUAACUUGAGGAAAACUCUCAAAAGAGUGAAUAAUCACAAAGUCGCCAGCCCA